AUGUCCGAGGCUGAUAUUGGACACAUGAUUAACAUGAAAAAGGGUGGGAUUAGUGUUGGACAGAUAUAUCGGGCAUUAGCAAAUCAGGCAGGUGGCUACGAGUAUCUCUCUUUCACGCAAAGGGACAUGUACAAUAAAAUAGCAAAGCAGAGGUGCCAGUUACCCGGUGAUGCAUAUGCAGCUUUGAAGUAUCUAGAAGAUCAAGCAACAAAUGACCCUUCUCUCUAUUUUAAUCAUCACAUGGAUGCCGAUGGUACUUUACGCAAUUUAUUCUGGUGCGAUGGUCUCAGUAGGAUAGAUUACUCAUUAUUUGGUGAUGUGCUGGCUUUUGAUGCUACCGAUAAGAGGAAUAAAUAUAUGUGUCCAUUGGUGGUAUUUUCUGGUGUCAAUCAUCACAAUAAAACAAUUAUUUUUGCUGUUGCUUUAAUUUGCGAUGAGGAAAAAGACACAUAUAGGUGGUUGCUACAACAACUGAAGGUGGCAAUGAAUGGGAAAGCACCUGUUUCGGUUAUCAUGGAUGGUGAUCUAUCAAUGAAGUUCGCCAUUGAGAAAGAGUUUCCUAAUGCACAUCAUAGAUUAUGUGCAUGGCAUCUAAUUCGCAAUACAACAAGUAACAUUGGCAAGCCCCAGUUUACCUUCAUGUUUAAAAAGUGUAUGCUAGGCGACUAUGAAAUUGAUGUAUUUCGUCAAAAUUGGUUUGAAAUGGUUGAGGGAUUUGGUGUCAAAAACAAGAAUUGGGUCCUAGAUAUGUAUAAAAAGAGAUAUUCAUAG